GGCGCACACAGAGACACACACAGAGACACACACAGAGACACACACACAGAGAGACACACACACAGAGACACACACAGAGACACACACACACAGACACACACACAGACACACGCCGUGUCAAGACGGAACGACGAAAGGUUGGCUCGGGAAAUAACGAACAGGAUUAUUACUACGGGGAACAAGAAGACGACUUGGAGAACAAAAGAGCCAACGUUGACACGAGGCCAUGUCGAGUGCGGCUGAGAGGGAGCAACGAUCCGGAGACAGCCCUGGCACGAGCGGCACCGGCUCGGACGCUGACCAGCCCGAGCGUGAGCCUGCCCAGCCGCGCAGGAAGGAGGCCAAGAUUCCGGGCAAAACUGCAGCCAAGCUGUCGACCAGCGCAAAAAGGAUCCAGAAGGAGCUCGCCGAGAUAACGCUCGACCCUCCGCCCAACUGCAGUGCUGGCCCCAAGGGUGAUAACAUAUACGAAUGGAGGUCAACCAUCCUGGGCCCUCCUGGCUCUGUGUAUGAGGGCGGAGUCUUUUUCCUGGACAUAACCUUCACUCCAGAAUACCCCUUCAAACCACCCAAGGUGACCUUCCGCACUCGCAUUUACCACUGCAACAUCAACAGCCAGGGAGUCAUCUGCCUGGACAUUCUCAAGGAUAACUGGAGCCCGGCACUCACCAUCUCCAAAGUGCUCCUUUCCAUCUGUUCCCUCCUCACCGAUUGCAACCCUGCGGACCCGCUCGUGGGGAGCAUCGCCACGCAGUACCUGACGAACAGGAGCGAGCACGACCGGACCGCGCGGCAGUGGACCAAGCGCUACGCAACGUAAACGGGCGAAGCACGACGCUGUCCCCUCGUGAUGCUGCCCCCCCCCUCUCCAACCCUCACUUCUUCCCACCCCCCCCCCUCCCUGCCCCGUGACCGAGCCGAGCCACAGGUCACGCAGCACGACAAACGCCCGCCUCUUACGCUACCCACCCCACCUGCUCCACUCCCCCCCUCCCCCCACCCCACCCACUCUUUCUGAUUGGUUCAGAUGGCAAGCGAACCCAAUAUCAUCUGCUUUACGCCGGCUAGAGUAAAUUUUCACCCACGUGUUGUUGUUGUCAUCGGUCUCAUUGUUUGGUCAUUUUUGCAGCAAUACGUGGAGGGGGAAAUGGAAGAUAAACGAAUGAUUACGUUAAAUUUUCGAUUUUUACGUAGUGUGAAAGUGAUUUUAUGAUCUUGAUUUAAAGCUUUCGUGACUGCAUGGAUUCAUAUUCUUGGUUCUUUCGGUAAAGUCACGUAGAAGGGAAACAAAAAAAAACAAUAAAAUUCUCACGACGUUUCGACUUUUAUGUUUUUCUUUUAUUGUUUCCCUUCUACGUGACUUUACCGAAAGAACCAAGAAGAUGAUUUUAUGAUCGCUUCGUUUUGAUUUGCUGCAAAAUAUUCACUGCUUUGCAGAAGAUAUGCAUGUAUCCAUGGGUUUCCAUCUAAUAAUGAAGUCUUCAUACACAAGUGGAACAAUGCAUCUGUUCAUCGAUUAAUUCUUGAGCUCGCGAUACAUGCAUGAAAUCACGUGUCGCAAUGGAUUUUUUUUCAAUUUGUAUAACGUUGUAUGUGAUUGGUUCACAUUACCCCUGCAGUCACACUAGGAAGCAACUACCGUUCUCUCCGCAAUGUUAAAAUUACAUAAAUUCUUAAAUGGAAUCGUGACAAUUCAUUGAAUCUCCAGAGGCGGGGGAGAGGGGUGAAUUGUUCCACUCUACCAUCUGUCGAUCCGUUUGCCUGUACGAUAUUUGGGGUUGCAUUUGAACUGCCGGUCAGAAAGUAACUUUGUGUUUUUUACAAUCGUUUGUCAUUUCACGAAUGUGUUGUUUUAUUUUGUUGAGCAAUGGUGUGGUAAGAUUGUAAUGAACAUUGCGUCACCUUUCUGUUAUUGCAGAAAAGUUAAUUGGGUAACCUUCUGAUGAGUCACGCAUCGGCUGAUUUUGCUCAUUUUUUGGGCACACGGAGGUGACGCUUUAAAAGCUUCGCACUGCGCGUAAAGGAAGCUUGUUUGUCAUGUUGCGUAAGCAGUCAUUCGUAUGAUAUAGCCGUACAAAGCUGCUCAUCGUGGCUUCUCUUGAAUCUGUCGCUGCGAUAUCAGUUGAAUAGAAAUAAGAGUAUAGACGCUGCUGAAGACUUGACUUGAAGGGUGGCACAAUUUUGCCAAUGCUUGUUACAUUAGUUUAAAAUAAAUUACUUGGCACCCGACCCCUCACGAGAUAAGUUCAAGACUCCAACACAGAGCUCUGGUUGAAAUUAAAAUGAUGCAAGUUCCUCGUAAACACGAGUUAGGAAAACAAGCAAAUUGCCAUUUGGCACGUUUCAGAGUAGCAGCAGCAGCAGUUUGACACUCUGCUUGUUUGGUUUGCAAAUGUGAAUGCUUUUAUGCUGCUGAUAUUAUAAAACUGCUUUUGGGAAGUUCCAGCGACGUUUUUCUUUCAAGGCUCACCUUUGUCACAACAGACUUGGCAUAUCCGCACUCUUGUGGUACAAAGGGCCUUUAUGGAACAUCCCUUGUUCUACUGCAGCAAAAUAUCCACACAUUAACGUGUGUUUUGGUAUGUUGAAUUGUGUUUCUUUGCUACCCUUUGUACAAGUCGAUCUGUUUAUAGGCACUCCGCUAAAAUAACGGGGAGAAAUUACAGAGGGAAUUACAUUUUAUUUUAAGCCUCUACAUGUCUGCCAUCACUGUCAAUAAACAUUACAUCUUUUGAAACUCGCCCAAUAUUUUUAUUUUUAAAACCGGGCCUGCACAAUAUUUAAUCAGCUCUUUAGGUGACAGCAAGAGCGUUAUUAGAAAUGAGUGGAGUGUCUGUAGAUGGAUCACCCUGCAUGUUUUACAUAUGUACAGUGAGGGAAAAAAGUAUUUGAUCCCCUGCUGAUUUUGUACGUCUGCCCACUGACAAAGAAAUGAUCAGUGUAUAAUUUUAAUGGUAGGUUUAUUUGAACAGUGAGAGACAGAAUAAC